UUUUCUUUUUGGUUACAUAGUCCAUACAGAUGAAUUUGAAUUUGGGUCCUCGAGUGCUAGGAAGAAGAGUACUCUCUUAACCAACUUAUAGACAUGAACUCACGAAACACAUACAGUUCAGAUCCAACAACCAACAGACUGCAAGGGCAGUAAAUACAAGCAAAGGGCCAAUGUGUAGUGCAAUUAAGGCCCAACUAACAAGGUUUAACAGAAGUUUUAACUUCCACCCAACCUAUUCAUUUACCAUAAUCCCCAAACUCAAACACAACUUGAAUACUCCUCCCUUCCCUAUAUCUUUGUAGAGAGAGGAUACAAAUCUAGAGAGAGAAAGAGACCAGACCAAACCAGAAAUGGAGGGUGAAAUCUACAACUUCAUCAAGGUAUGUUUCCUAGCCAACAUAUCUCUGUGUUAUUGUUUCUACAUAUCAUCCAGAAUCCCAAAGGGCAUCCUCAGGCUCCUCUCUCUCCUCCCCAUCCUCUACCUCUUCAUCCUCCUCCCCUUAAACCUCCAUUCCUUCCACCUUGGUGGGCCCACCACCUUCUUGCUCGUCUGGCUUGCCACCUUUAAGCUCCUCCUCUUCUCCUUUGAUCAUGGCCCUCUAUCUUCUCCACCCCCACUACCCCUCUUCCAAUUCAUCUCCCUAGCUAUCCUCCCAAUCAAAAUCAAGCAAAACCCACCUCAAAAAUCACCCUCAAAUCAGAACCCAGAUCACAAAAUCCCCCCAAACGCCACAAAAUCAGACAACACAAGUUACCCAAUUGGUAAAAAGUCAAUUCUGUUUGCUGUAAAAGCCUUGCUUUUGGCUUUGGUCGUCGGAUCAUAUGACUAUAGGCAACAUUUACACCCGUAUGUUAUAUUGGCUUUGUACUGCUGCCACCUGUACCUGGGGCUAGAAAUUUUGCUACCCCUGUUUGCGACCCCGGCUCGAGCCGUUUUUGGAUUUGAGCUCGAGCCGCAUUCCAACGAGCCUUACCUUUCCACUUCGCUUCAAGACUUUUGGGGCCGUAGAUGGAACCUCAUGGUCACAAAGAUUUUACGACCCACUACGUACUACCCCGUACGCAAUGUUUUCACGCGUGUAGUCGGGCCUCGAUUGGCCCGAUUUCUCGCUAUGAUGUCCACUUUUGUGGUCUCAGGUCUAAUGCACGAGGUGAUUUAUUACUAUCUGGCACGUGUGCCUCCGACGUGGGAAGUGACAUGGUUCUUUGUGCUGCAUGGGGUGUGUGUGGCAAUCGAGGUGGAGGUCAAGAAGGCAGUGGCCAACAGGUGGCGGUUAAAACCGGUUGUUUCGUGGCCGUUGACGUUGUUGUUCUUGGCUGUGACGGCCAAUUGGCUGUUCUUCCCUCAGCUGCUUAGAAAUGGCGUGGAUGUGAAGGCUAUAAAUGAGUAUCCAGUUAUGGUGGAUUUUGUCAAGUCCCACCUGCCCUUAAACUUUAAUUGGUGGAAAAGUUAGUUGAUACACGAAUAAUUUGUAGGUUACUUUGAUGAAAAGACCUAUUGGUUCAACUUAUUUGUUUUUUUAAUGAAAGUACUAUCAUAAAUCUUCUCUCUUUUAAUUUGUCGUAUGAGAUAUGAAUUCAGAAGUUUCCUUUGAGAAAGCAAGUUCAAGUGUACGAAAUGACACUAUAAAUCUAUUACUGUAUACAACAAUCGCUUCAUAGUUCCUAGCCAAGCUCGUAUUGGCGGACAA